UGCGUUAAGCAGGCGCUAGGACCGAGCGCUCGGCCGUGUCAGGAUGUAGCCAUUGAGCAGAUUGUGUCUGUAUCUGUUGUCAGGAGCAGCAGCAUCAGGCAGGCUGUGGACAAGUGGGCAAGGACACACACCAGAUCUCUCCCUAUCUCUCCGUCUCCGGUGGAGCUCAGUUAGCACACAGCGAUUUGGGUUUUUGUUUUAGGAACCAUCCAUCGACAAAGCUCAGAGCAACAUUACAGAAAGCUCCGAGUGCAGGAGAUUUCCCCUCCGGCUCUCAGGGAGGAUGAGGCGAUGGGUUUGAGGGGAUGGCCGGAGCUGAGCCCCUUUGCGGUCAUGUGGAGGAGGCGCUGGGGCUGCGGGUUCCUGCUGCUGCUAGCCCUGCUGCUGCUGCUGCCGAGUGGCCAGCCACCCCAGCAAGCUGAGCCUGCCAGUGCCCGCUCCACAGCACGGCAGCAGCAGGAGGAGAGGGAGAGCCGCCAGGGCGGACACCUCCCACCGCAACACUCUCCCCUCCAACUCAUCCCUCUGGACUCCUUCAGCGCCGACCAGUUCAUCGUGGUGACACAGAGAGCCGCCCGCCCCCGACGGAGGGCUUACCGGCUGCUGAGAGCCGCUAAAAGGAGCCAGGAAGCCGGGGAGAGCACCAGGCUGCUCCUCCUGGACCCCCCGCCGCCGGCUGACCGCAGGCAACUGGAGCGCCAGGGGCUGCAGACGAGAGGCUUUAACGAGACGGUCAGCGAGAGCAUCUCCCUACACCGGAGACUACCUGAGGUACGCCACCCUUUAUGCCUACAGCAGGAAUAUAGUCAAAACCUGCCAACUGCCAGCAUCAUCAUUUGUUUCCACAAUGAAGCCUGGUCCACUCUUCUGAGGACAGUAAACAGUGUUAUAGACACUGCCCCAAAGAAAUUUCUCAAGGAAAUCAUCUUAGUGGAUGACCUAAGUAACCAAGGACAUUUGAAGGCAUCUUUGAGUGAGUAUGUUUCCAAGCUGGAUGGUGUGAAGUUGAUUCGAAGCAAUAAGAGAUUGGGGGCAAUUGGAGGUCGCUUACUUGGUGCAGCGCGGGCAACAGGGGAUGUCUUGAUUUUCAUGGACUCACAUUGCGAGUGCCACAAUGGCUGGCUUGAACCACUUUUGGAUCGAAUAGCUCAUGACAGAACUCGUGUGGUUUCACCUGUAAUCGAUGGUAUUGAUUGGAAGACAUUUCAAUAUUAUCACUCUGUUGAUCCUCAGCGAGGAGUUUUCAACUGGAAGCUGGACUUUCAUUGGGAACCAAUACCAGAAUACGAACAGAAAUGGCGGACAUCUCCCACAAUACCUGUACAGAGUCCAGCUGUAUCUGGAGGAGUGCUAGCAAUGAAUCGGCAUUAUUUCCAAAAUGUUGGUGCCUAUGAUCCUGGAAUGUUGAUGUGGGGAACAGAAAAUGUGGAACUGUCUCUCCGGGUCUGGCUCUGUGGUGGUUCAGUAGAAGUUCUGCCCUGCUCCAGAGUUGGUCAUGUGUACAGGAAAAAUGCUCCAUAUUCCCCACCAUAUGAAGAGAUUGUGGUAAAAAACAAAGUCCGUGUAGCAGAGGUUUGGCUGGAUUCCUUCAAGAAGAUUUUCUACAAGCAAGACAUGCCUUCAUUUCUGCUCAGUAAGAUUGCGGUUCCUGACUGUAUGGAACGACUGCAACUGCGAAAGAGACUAAGCUGUAAGCAUUUUCAUUGGUUUUUGACGAACAUAUACCCAGAGCUCUACCUGCCUGAAGACAAAUCUGGAUAUUUUGGAGCAGCAAGGCAAAGGUUUUUGCUCUAUAAUGUCGGCACAGGCUAUUGUGCAAGUUAUGAGACCAAAUGGAGUACAAGUGGAUAUCCUGUAACACUUACUCAAUGCAGUGGCCAUGGGAAUCAGCAUUUUGAAUAUAAUAAUAUAAGAGAAAUCCGGUUUGGUGCCAUGUUGCAAUUUUGCAUUGAUGUCAAUAAUGAACAAGUAAUAUUGCAGAAUUGCAGAGGGAACAGACUGGAAUCACAACAGCAGUGGGAUGUGCAGAAGAGUGGAGAAAUUAUCCAUGUCUUUACCGGCAAGUGCAUUGAGGCAAUAAAGAAUGGACCAAGCAAAGACUUGUUUCUGAGACCAUGCAACAAAUAUACCACCCAACAGUUGUGGCGAUUGGAGAAAGUGAUAAUUACAAACAAGGGAUGAGCUGUUAUCUCCGUCACCAGCUAUGUGAUGACUGCAGCUCACGUGCCUCUGUCUGGUCAGGUGCAGUUGGGCCUUUCAACCAGGUACAGAACUCAAGCGUGCGUGGUACAUCUGUUCUACUGAAGGAAGUCAUCACAAUAGAAUGGAAACAAACUGCAUAUGUUUCCAAGGCUACCUUACAACAUCAGGGAAAGAUAAACAAGAUGGGCUGUGUUAUGUGGCACAUUUGGUCAUUCUAAACUCCAUUUGUAACCAGGGUAUCUGUGGGAGAAAUUAAUCAAUGCCCAUCAAAGGCAAUGUAAGGUUUUGCAUCAAUUUGCAAUUUUGUCAGACAAUGCAUUGUAUAUGUUAAUGCUUGAUCAAAAAAUAAAUCUAUACCAUAUGCUUGUCAAGUUGACCCAUUUUUCCCAUUAUUAGAUAUUGUCAUGAUUUAUUUUUCCUCGUAAGUCAGUAAUUAAAAUAAUAUCCAAUCAGUGAAUGCAACAAUCUAUGUAAAUCAGUUAUAUUUUACAUGUAGAGACCUGAUAUUAUUUGCAUAAGAUAUUUCAGGAACUGGAUACAAAGUGGUAUUUGAUAUUUUGCUGAGCAGUUGCAAUAGGUACAUUGGAAGAGUAGUUGUAGAGCAUUGGCUUACGUGUGUAAACUAGGUGCCAGGGGUCAAUUCCUGUGCUGAAACAAGUAACGGCAAAGCCUGACUGAAGUAGGCAUUGUUUAGUGUCUUAAAGUAAUGUUCAGUACACCUGUCUGUUAUAUUAAUAUCUUCAAAAUUCUGAUAAUAGUUUUGGCUGUAGACAGUGUUAUAAGAGAUGAAUUAAUAAAAUGAUAAAGUCUAAUUGAGAUGUACAAUAAGCAUAUGUCAGUGUGAAGGGGUGGUUUAGCCAUUAUCCAAUGCAAAGUGCAGCACACCAGUGUUAUAGUUCAGUCUUACAGAGUGAAAUAAUUAUCCUUCACUACCCACAAAUAUUUGAUAUCUAUUUUGGUCCAUUUAUUUUCAAUCAAUUACAUUAGAAAAGAAUCCUACUAGGAGUAACUAGUACUUAACAAACUACACAUGGAGUCCCAUGUUUCCAGCCUCUGUGAUCACAUUGUGUUUUUGAGGAUUAUUUCCGCAGAGACACAAAAUAGAAAUAACUUCAAUUGCACCCUCCCCAUUUAUCAUUAUGUUUAAUUAACACCAAUUCUAAUUUAUAUCUUUUA